AUGUCGGCUAUGUUUCUAGUCGACCAAGUAAAGAACUACCAUAAGAAAAGCCCAAGGUGGACAGAACAUACCAUCCGUCACUGCAUUUUGCUGAGACACAUUUCUACAAAGGCCUAUGAACACAUAAGGUCUGAAGAGCUUUUUAAACUUCCCAGCAGGAACACUCUGCAAAGCUACAUUGGAGCUGCCUCAGGUCAAACUGGCUUCAGCGACUUGGCGAAGGCUCGGCUUCAAACAGAACUGCACAACCUGGCAAACACACAAUCAAGGACAUGCUCUCUCAUUAUUGAUGAAAUGCAGAUCAAACAGAGCUUGCAGUACAACAAGCAGCAGGAUGUCUUUGUGGGCCAAGUGGACCUGGGACCAUUGACUGAAAAGACCAAGCAGCCCACCCUGGCAAAUUCGUUGCUGUGCUUUCUCAUGAAUGGGCUCAGCAUUUCAUACCGGAUCCCUGUUGCCUACUUUUUUACCAAAGGGUUAACAGGAACCGAACUGGCCAAGCUUCUGCUUCAUGUCUUGGGCAAGGUGGAAGACGUUGGCUUCAAAGUACUCCGGAUUGUAACUGACAAUCACCGAGUGAAUGUCAAUGCAAUGAAGCAGCUUUGUGGGGGACUCCUUACACAUCAUAUCCUGCACCCAAAUGACCCGGAGAGGAUUCUGUUCCUUAGCUUUGACUAUGUUCACAUCUUGAAGAAUAUACGGUCCCAAUUCCUGGAACGCAACUUUGGAAAGGACAAUGAGAUCAAGUCCUUCUACCUCAAGAAGUUGUACGAGCUCCAGAGAGAGGCAGCUGUCAAGCCAGUCAGGUUCCUGAGUCGCAAACAUCUUUUCCCUAGCAACAUAGAGAAAAUGAAUGCCAAGAGAGCAGUCCAGCUCUUCUCCCCUGAAGUGACCGCUGUGCUCAAGCACCUCCAGGAACAAGCUGGCCAUAAGAGUGACCUACUGUAUGCGGACGCAGGACCAGCCAUCUUCUUCAUGGACUCUGUGUACCGCUGGUUCAUUUUGCAUGAUACCAGUAACUGCACACAACACAUACACCAACGCUAUCCAGAUGUGCGCCAGUAUGAUCACCCAGACGACCCUCGUCUGGAAUGGCUCGAGUUUUCAUUCCCAGCCUAUCUCGAGCAGAUCAAGAGCACAGCAAGCCCAUCACAGUUCCUGACAGAAACCUACGAAGCCCUUCUCUUGACAACAUACUCGACAGUUGCAUGUGUACAACACUUUCUAACCAAGGAAGACUUUGGAUUUGUACUGACCAGGAAGUUCAGCAGCGACGCCAUUGAGUCCCUGUUUGGCUCAUUGAGACGAUCUCAAGGGUGCAAUGACCAGCUUAGCGUUCGGGCUGCAAUCUCAGGAAUUGAAAAGAUCCUGAAAACUGGUCUCAUCACAGCUUCCCAGCAGAGCAAUGUGUCACAUGCUGCCUCCACCUCAUCGGGUAUGACUUCAGCAAUUCGGUGCAUACCACCAACAGUGUCAGCUGCCACGCCAUUCCAACUUCCAGAGAGUGCAGCGGAAAUUUUAGAAAAGCUGUCAGAUCCCAACGUACAAUACCUGCCAAGCCUCGAGCUGUCGGCGACAGCGCACGUUGGGGGCUACAUUGCCCGUGUUGUACAAGAACACUUUUCAUGCUUCUUCUGCAUACCUCUUCUCACAAAGCCGAAGACAAACAGUGCCUUGCAAGGGAUCACAAACCACCUGGACCGGGGAGGCCUUUUGUAUCCCUCAGAUGAACUUGCCCACCUUCUCAAUGUGCUCAGGAUGUUUGCAGCGGAUGUGUUGUCGUACAACCUCAGGAAUUGGCAGCCCCUCGAAACUCUUGUGAAGUUUGGACUGCCAGCAGUGUAUGACUCUCCUUUGCUGCUCUGCCCAACGAACAACAAGGCUCAUUGCCGUGAACUGAUCCAUCAUGUCUGCACAAAGUUCUUCAGACCGCUCCUUGUUAACUAUGCCUUCUGUCACACAGACAGGAACGAUGGACAAUGA